AUGCCCGGAUUAAUAAGGCCUCAUAUACAACAGCUUAGCUCGCCUAUUUCCAAGAAGCAACGUGUAUCUGCCAAGGAAUCCUCCAUCUUCCCAUACCCCGCCGUCCCAAGCGAGUGCAUCGACCAUCAUGAAGAUCUUAUACCCGAUGCGAUCGAAAUGUUUCGGGAAAUGGUUGAGAUACCAAAAACAAACUCAUCUGAGUGGGGGAAUAAGGAAGCCGCAGCCGCGCGUGCCCUUCUCGAACCGAACGUGACCAAUGCGAAUCAGCAGCUAAUUCGAACCCACCACCCUUCUCUCAGCCACCUCCAUCUUGUCUGGAUGGUACAAGAGUCCAAAGACAAGGGGCUGGAAAUCCAUGUUCAACCCUGGGGACAUGUGGAGCGGACAACCGUUGUGUGGCCCAAACUCCAGCCAGACCCUCUCAAUAACAUCUUAAACCCCCGCAAAUUCCUUUCUCAAGAUGAUCUACACCUAUUACGGGAGAUGUUUCCGUGUGCGCUCGGCAUUAGGGUGUUUAUAAGUGGUUUCAUCGUGAUUCUCUUCAAGAGCCGCUCUGAUAUCGAAUAUUCCUGGCUACAUGAUGGAUUUUCAGAUAGCUUCGGUUGCUUACGCCUACGGUACGAUAUCCUCCAAGAUGAACCGACUCGGAAUGUUAUUCCUCGAGGUGCGGCAAUUACUACCAGACCCGACUGUAUCGAUGGAUACGCCGCGUUAGGUUUGAAGCUUCGUUUCCCAAGUGGGCAAGAGGCGAUUACGGUCCCCACGCACGCAUUUGUCACUCUCCGAUCGAUGCUUCCAAUGCCCCUACUUUGUGUGAGUGAUUGGUAUCAGAAGAUCAAGACGAAAAUGGCUCUGUAUCUCCCCAUCAGAAGGAACUCAUCUAUACCAGCUGUUGGGACGGCUCGGCACCAAGCAGCGGGUAAUUCACCCUUGGGGAAAAACGUAUUCCUUGUCGGGGAAUCGCAACAUAUCGGUACAAUCUCAUUCACGUACGACCCAGUCAGCCUAAGGCCUCUUCGAUUCCCAAUGGGCUUUACCCACGAUUUAUCAUUGAUCACCAACGACCGAGGGCUUCCACAAAUGGUAACACCUAACCACACACCACAGGUGUCCGGCUGGGGUGCCUAUAAGGAUGUCUUAGAUGGCAAUCCUGUCUUUGUGACGGGUUUCAAUGUUUCAACAGGGAACCAAAUCCGUAGGAUAGGAACGGGAAUAUCAAGACGUGCGCACCAAGCUAUUGUCGAGGGAUCCCAAUAUUUCUGGGACAAAGAAUUGCUAUCACAAAGUGUCUCUAUCCUAUGGAGGACGCAGAAUGACCAAGACUCCCUACAAGGCCUCUCCGGUACUGCUUUAUGCCUUGGUCUGGUUUCAGAUAAGACAUGCCUUGCUGUUUGUUUCCAGAACUUUGAGUCGCCAUUACGCUCCCAAGCUUCCCUCAACGAAGAUCAUCGUGGUACACCGAGUCACGAAUAUCCUGGGAUUCGUAUCAAAGGUGGGUUUCUUUUACCACCAGAGAUGAGAGAAUGCCAAAUUCUCUGUGAUGCGCCAGAAACACCUGCUGGCUCUGCCACGUACCCUAGCAGAGAGAGAGCUACCGCGGGCUUAAGAAGGUCAUUUUCUUCCCAUCGUUAA